AUGCUUGACACACUCUCUUGUGACGAUUAUGAGAGUUGCAGACAACGAGACACUUUUGCUGUCUGCCUCUCUCUCCAACCUAUAUCCUACCUCUUGAACAGUUCCUGGAGUUCUGAACCAAAUCCAAAUCGCAUAUCCAGGAAUACAAAGCAUCGAAGACAGAGACAAGAACCAUCCGAACACAUGUCCCCAAACCGGGUAGUCAUAAUUGUAAGCGUCGAUACGAAGUGGUUGAUACUUGAUGAGUCCGAAGAGCAAGACACCGAAACAGACGGAUGGAGUGGCGAAGACCCAGCAGAACUUCCACCAACCACUCGGAUAAUACCCAAUCAUGCUCUUCAUGUGCUCAUACCAACGAUCGAUUCCAAGACUCCAGGAGAUAGCGAUACACUCGAAGAAGAGAAGCCAGAGGAGAGCCCAUCCAGACGCGGCGUAGAAGUCGAAGAGUUGGAAGACAUAGAAUCCUCCCUCAGUUACUGUAGUCAGACCGAUCAAAUAGGAGAUGAUACAGAUCACACCAACGAAUAUCUCACGUCCAUAUUUCUUCCGACGGAUCUGUGGGAACUCGUCGAUGAUGGCGGUGAAGAACCCUUCCAUAGUACAGAAUUGAGAGUCGACGCCAAGGAAUAG